AUGAAUACACAAACGAUUACAGCAAACAACAAGAAACUUUCAAUGUUCUUGUAUCGAAACUUGUUGAGAAAAUGUAAUUCGUUUGAUAAGAACCCAAAGUUGAAAGCUUAUUUUGUUACACCUGACACUCUUCGUAAUCAACUACCAACCUUUUUCCUCCCAAGCGUAUCAUUCUCUUAUAAUCUUAAAACAAUAUUCAAGAUGUACGCUAAACAUGAUUAUCCAAGUCCAAUCGAUGUAUCAACAUCGAUUAGUGAUGGAUUUAUGGUAUUAAAAAAUUUAAACCUUGCAAAUAUUUAUUAUAAAAAGCAUAUAGAAAAAGAAUCAAGUGAUUUUGAUCUUGGAUCAAUUUUAAAAGAUAUUCAAAAGGAUGGUAGUGGAGGAAAUCAAAAAUCACAACGCGAUAAACUCAACAAGAUGACUAAUAAGCUAGAUUAUUUGGAGGAUUUGUUAAAGGAACAAUCAGAGGAAAUGGGUGCAUCGUCUGAAAGACUUGCACAUUUGAAAAACAAAGAGUCAGAUGGACAACAAGACCAUGGUCAUCAUCAUCAUCAUCAUCAACAGCCAUCAUCGUCCAUCAAUAAUGUAGAUAUAGACAGUUUAGAUGUAGAAGAAAAUUCAAUACCUGGUCAAGUAAACACUAGUAGUAACAGUAGUAGUAGUAAUGCAGUUGAUAUUAGUGAAAAUCCAAACUUUUGGGCAGUUGAUACACAAGAGAUUAAACCUGGCACUUUACUCAUAUCUCAUCCAUCUUUGAGAAAUGGGUAUGGCAGAUCGGUUGUAUUGAUCACCCACUCUAUACACGACAGACACUAUGGUUACAUUAUCAACCAACCAAUCCCUACUUCACCCAUUAUCAGACAUCUCCAAGAGAGUAUGGAACAAAAUCAACCUCAACCAGACCAAUCGAAAAACUACUCUAAAAACUUGGUACGACACUUUAGAUUCACACAAAAGAGACCUCUUUCACCAUUCUCUAAAAUAUCUUGGUACCGUGGCGGACCAUAUCCAAUCGACCACAAAGAAUACAUGGUAAAAGGUAUCGCUGGUCUCGCUUCCAGUCAAAUCAUUCAUCCAUAUCCAGAACUUCUAGGUUCAUCAAAAAUUAGAGAUGGUUUAUAUAUUGGUGGUGAUUUUAAAGAUAUUGGUGAAAAAGUUAAAAAUAAGGAAAUAUCACCAGAACAAUGUAUGAUGGUUUAUGGAUGUUCAGUUUGGAAAUCAGGAGAAUUAAGAAAAGAGAUUGAUGAAGGUGCAUGGUUUUUAGCGGAUUGCACAACCGAACAAUUACUUCGAUUUGGAAAAGAUGAAAGAUUUUGGUCUGAAGCUUUGACUGCUAUCACUUCAGAAUAUUAA